AUGGUUGAAAGUGAAAAUGUUUGCGAAGGUAUUGAUGUGACAGAGAGUCAAGAUGGCGGGAUUAUUAAAUUGAUAAAACGAGAAGGUAGUGGAGAUGAGACUCCGAAUGAAGGGGCCAACGUGUUUGUACAUUAUGUCGGAACUCUUGAAGAUGGAACUCAGUUUGAUUCAAGUCGUGAUCGAGGAAAACCUUUUGACUUUCCCUUGGGCAGGGGUAAGAACUUUUAGAAUUGUCAGACGUCAUGCAAAUCUGAAAUCUCGUGAACGGGUAGUCAAUGGAAUGCCCCCUAUUUUAUUGCUAAUUAACCCACUGAAUUAGCUGCAAAGUGCCUGAAUACACUCAGUGUUAUUGUUUUACUUUGUCUGUGCCAGACGAUUGUACUUGUCAAGGGAGUGAGGUCAGUGUAAACAGCACUAACCUGCGAUCACGCCUGACUGGAAAACUUGGAAAUUACGCUGUCGAGAUUUCUAAAAUUUAAUAGUAAAUACAGUAUAUAAAAGCAUCAUCAGCAUAUAUCGCCAGUGUGGACUGACGAUCAGGCCUAUAAAUAAAUAGAUAGGCCUGAUACAAAUCUUAACAAAAGUCCAUGCCGUACAACCAUAUUUCGGUUGUAAAUUUGAUUGGUCUAUGAGACAAAAGAUUUUUUAAUCUGUCAUUUGAUUGGUUGGUGCUAAUUAGAUAAUACUAUUGUAUAUUUUAUAUUGAUCGCAACUAUAAUUAGAUUGUUAUUGUCGUUGCAUGAAAUUUAAAUUUCUUCUGUGACAUUUUGAUUGGAUAGUAAGUAUAUAAACUUUGCUAUGGGUGGAAAGCGAUCGGAUUAAGGUUUGUGUCAGGCUAUUAUUUUUAAAAUAGAGCCUGCUCUGCGGUUGACACAGCACAUGAUCAUCAUGCAAUAACAGAUUAACCACUGAACACUUGAUCUCCCUGAUCUCCCUGUUGAAUAAAGAUUACUUGAAGCAACAACUGCAUAACUAAUGACUGAAUAGACCUUUCCCCUUUUGAGUGAAAUUUUGAUCUAGACAAGUCUGGACAAAAAUUUCAUCACAGCUUCAAAGAGCAUCACAAAAUUAUUAAUAUUCCGAAGUUUCAUUGCGGAAUGUUGUAAAAUGCGGAUAAUAUAGCCUUGCGAAGUUUGCCGUUUUUCAGUCAUUUUGUAUUACAAACAGGAAAUUGGUAAUCAUAUGAUCAAACUGAUUACCAAUUUCCCGUUUGUAAUACAAAAUGACUGAAAAACGGCAAACUUCGCAAGGCUAUAUUAUCCGCAUUUUACAACAUUUCGCAAUGAAACUUCGGAAUAUUACUAAUUUUGUGAUGCUCUUUCAAGCUGUGAUGAAAUUUAUGUCAAGGCAUAUCUAGAUCAAAAUUUCACUCACAAGGGGAAAGGUCUAUUGUGGCCACUUGUGACGUUUGUGCUGUCACUGUGUGCAUGCAUAACACAAAUUGCAGAUAACCAUUAUUUCACCUGAUUUUAGGGCAUGUUAUUCCUGGAUGGGAAGUAGGUGUAGAAACAAUGAAAAAAGGCGAGAUAUGUACAUUAACCUGCAAGCCUGAAUAUGCAUAUGGUAAACCAGGCAAGCCUCCGACCAUCCCACAAAACUCAACACUUGUGUUUGAAAUUGAACUGUUGUAUUGGGAAGAUGAAAAGGUCACAGAUGAUUUGUUGGUUUCCAAAAAGAUCUUGAAGAAAGGCAAAGGAAACGAUUGCGUCAGCGAUGGAGGCACCGUCGAAGGUUUGCAAUAUGUUGCUCUUUCAUCUCUCAUAAUUUAAUUCACAAGGAAAAUAUUUAUUGUUUUAUUUCUAGUUCAUUUGAAAGGCAAAGUUGGUGAGCGAAUAUUUGAUGAACGUGAUGUACAGUUCACUGUUGGAGAAGGUGAGAGUUUUUUUGCAGGCCUGCAUGGGAGUAUGCUUCUUUUGGUUUAUGGAUGAUAAUAUAUUUUUUCAUUUAUGGAAAACACAACAUAUAUUGAAGUAUUUACUAAAACUGUCUGUACCAGUGUAGGUAGUACCAAAGUGAAAAUGCUGUGCUGAGUGGUUAUAUUACUACUCGCAGAAAGAAACUCGACGUUUCGAGUGAAGGCCCUUCAUCAAGAGUUGUCUACUAACUCUUGAUGAAGGGCCUUUGCUCGAAACGUUGAGUUUCUGCUUAUUUUUUAAGGUAGUAAUAUAACCACUCAGCACAGCAUAUUGAAGUAUUGCAUGCUAAACUUUCAAUUAUCCAUUAGGCUGGAUCAGGAGACAGCUUAUUUUGCAAUUACACAAAAUAUAUGUGGUACACAAACCACAACUUUGCGAAUAGGAUAUUUUUCACAAACAAUGAAAUUAUAUUAAGGUGGCGAGUCCGAUGUUAUUCCUGGUGUGGAUGCAGCUGUGAAAACCAUGAAGAAAGAUGAAGUCUCACUCAUUAACUGCGAUAGUUCUUACGCUUUUGGAGAGAGGGGAAGAGAGGACUGGGAAAUCAAACCUAGUAUGUCUGUUGAAUAUGAAAUACAUCUCAAGUCCUUUGAACAGGUGCACAAUUCAUAAUUGUAUUAAAUGUUCCCAUGUUUUGCAAAAUAGGUUCAAGAAAGGAAUUGACCUGAACUGGCCUCAGUUUUAGAUUUGAUAGAGCAAUCCAGGCUAAGUUGUUAAUUAAUUAGAAUUAGUUCCCCCUCUUGCUAACAUUCUUGUUGUUUGUAAUGUAGCUGAAACAGCCUUGGGAAUUAAGUUCAGCAGAGAGAAUUGAUGAUGCGAAGUUGGUGAAAGAGAAAGGAACAGAAUAUUUCAAGGUAUUUAGAAAUAUUUUUUAGAAUAGUGAACAAUGUAUUUUUAAAUUGAAUGAAGAACAACCUUGCAUUUUCUUUAUAUUUUCCAGGAAGAAAAAUUCUCUUUAGCAUUGGGAAAGUUCACACGAAUGGUUGCAUUGGUUGAAAGUUUGGUUGAAGAGCGAGACCUGAAGCAAGCUUCACCCUUAAUCUUAGCUGGACACCUUAACGUUGCUUUGUGUUAUCUCAAGUUAGGAAAAUACCCAGAGUGUAUAGAGUCUUGUGAUAAGGUGAGUUUCCUCUUCAUUAUAUACUGCAUGUAAGCACCCAAAGUAUAUUUAAAAACUUGGUUAUAAAUUAAGCCACGUUUCUCAAUAAUAAAUAUGUUUUAUUGAUAUGUUUUCCAGGCGUUAUUUCGAGACAAGAAUAAUGUGAAAGCACUGUAUAGGAAAGGAAGGGUAAGUGUUAAAUGUCAACUACUUUAUAAAAUGGUGACAGAAAUUUGACUCUAGUAUUUUUACAUAUUUCUCAAGGCAAAUCUGGCGAUGCAUUAUCCAGACGAAGCUAGUGAAAUGUUCCAGAAGGUCAUCAAACUUGACCCAAAGAACAAGGAUGCCCGAACAUACUACAAUAUCACAAAGAAAAAAAUUGCAGAAUAUAGGGUUAAAGAAAAGAAAAUUUAUGGUAAUAAAUAUUUUGUAUUGUCUUUUAAUAGUCAUAAUUAAACCUGGGUCUUCAACCAUUCAGAAUUACACUCAUGAACAUCUCUAUGGAUCUGCUUAUUCGCCAAUAAGUAUACUAUAUUUUUAAUUUGCUUGUUCCAUUUUGUAGCAAACAUGUUUGAUAAAUUUGCUGCAAGGGAUGCUAAGAAUGCAGCUCAGGCUGAAAGUUCGCUCAAUCCAGAUGGCAAGGAUGUUUUUACGAAAGCUGAAGAGGAAGCCAGGGCAAUAUUUGGAGACGAAGUUGCCACGGCAGAUGGAGGACAAAAACUUGAGAAAGAGAAGACAGCUGCGACAACGAACAAUGAUAAAGGUAUAACACAUAAAAAUACACAAGUUUUUAGAGGUAUGCAAACAAGUUGUUACCAAUAUGUUGACAAUUUGUGUUCGCCCUGAUGAUCUUUUUCAAUUUUAGAUGGUGAUAAAGCGUCAGAGGAACUUGCAAAUAGAAUAAAAGACACUAGCGAAGAAACUGCUGAAACGCCUAGUAGUUCGGAAACCAUUAGUAGUUAA